UCUGCACUGAAGCUGAAUUGAAAAGGAGAAAAAUGUCAAAACUUACUUACAAUCUAUUGCACUCCACAAUCAGAAUUGAACGACGCGCUCUAAGUGGUUUGUCUACCUCAAACUCUAGACUCUGGAUAGCUUCAACAUACAAUCCAACUUCAUCACCAUCAAGCUUUGCCUUUAGACAGCAGACUGUCAUUCCAAAAAGAACUCUCACAACCACCCACCCCGAACACCAAACCCGCCGACACAACUCCACAAUGACCUCCACCCAAACCCAAAACGACCGCGCAAAACACCUCAAAUCGCUCCACAAACCAGGCCAGCCCCUAAUCCUAGCAAACGUCUGGGACUCGCUCACCGCAAACGUUGUGGCCGCUCUCCCAGAAACGAAGGCCCUCGCAACAGCCUCGUACGCCGUAGCCGGCGCAGUCGGCAUCGACGACCCCUCUCUAACGCUGGCCGAAAACCUGCGCGCAGUAACAGGCAUCGCAAAAGUAGCAGCGCGACACAAUAAAUCGCUAACCGCCGACCUUCAAGACGGAUACGAUGACUCCUUGCCUUCCGCGAUCACGCAGUUAGUCGAGCUCGGCGUCGUAGGAUGCAAUCUUGAGGAUUUCAGCCGCACCCGCGACGCGCUGUAUUCUAUCGAUGAAGCCGUGGGACGCGUGCAACUCGCUCUACGCACCGCCGCGGAUCUGGGUGUGCCUGAUUUCGUGGUCAAUGCUCGAACCGACGCACUACUUGUCGGCCACGACAUCGACGAGGCGAUUGCGCGGGGGAAGGCGUAUAUCGCUGCUGGAGCCACGACCGCGUUUAUCUGGGGCGGAAGGGAACGACCUGGGGUGCGGACUGCGGAAGUGGAGAAGGCAGUUAAGGAGUUGGGUGGUAUGUUGAAUGUUAGUAUGGCGAGGGUUAGGAAGGGGGGGUUAGGGGUGCAAGAGUUGAGGGAUAUUGGGGUUGCGAGGAUCAGCGUGGGGCCGCAGCUUAUGAUGAGAACUAUUGGGGCUGUCGGGGAGGAGGCAGGGAAGAUCUAUAGGGGGGAGAAUGUGGAGACUGAUACGGUUCUUUGA